CCUCCUACUCCUUUAUCCCCUCCCUCUGUGCCUUAGUUCUGCAGUAGGGCAAGCUGAAGCACAUCCCUGCAUUGCAAGGCUUUCUGUUAAGGAUGGAUUGUGGCUUUUGUUUGGAUUUCAGCAUGCAGAAUUACAGCUGUUCAGAGGAGACUCAUUACAACUCCUGCUGAAGCUUCUAAUCUUCCUCCCUCUGCCCCUCCCCCACCCUCACUUGGCCUGAAGACACUAUCCCCACUUUGCCUUACUCCCUUUGGUGCUAUGUGCAUGGUGAACCUGGCAGUAUGGCCGCGUCUGGGACUGUCCAGACAACUGCUUUUGGUUCUCCCUAUUCCAGGAAGAAUUUAAAGGGAAAUUACACAGCAGGCAAUGUACGACAGCAGCAGCACCAGGAACCUGGUGACUAGGGCUUCCUGGCGUUGUCACACACAUACAGAGCUGACUGCGGUGACAGUGGCUGCUCCUGGGAACUGUGACAGCAGCCAGGUGGCAGCAUGAACUGAGAGCCAGUUCCUGAGCACGAGAUGAACUCCACCUUGGAUGGUAAUCAGAGCAGCCAUACUUUCUGUCUCCUGGCACUGGGCUACUUGGAAACUGUCAGGUUCUGUCUUUUGGAAGUGCUGAUUAUUGUCUUUCUAACUGUAUUGAUUAUUUCUGGCAACAUCAUUGUGAUUUUUGUGUUUCACUGUGCACCUCUGUUGAACCAUCAUACUACAAGUUAUUUUAUCCAGACAAUGGCAUAUGCUGACCUCUUGGUUGGGGUAAGCUGUCUGGUCCCUUCCUUAUCGCUCCUUCACUACCCCCUUCCGAUGGAGGAGGCCAUGACUUGCCGAGUAUUUGGUUUUGUAGUGUCAGUUCUGAAGAGCGUCUCUAUGACUUCUCUGGCCUGUAUCAGCAUUGAUAGAUAUAUUGCCAUCACUAAGCCUUUAACCUAUAAUACCCUGGUUACUCCCUGGAGACUACGCCUUUGUAUUUUUCUGAUUUGGCUAUAUUCAACCCUGGUUUUCCUGCCCUCCUUCUUCCACUGGGGCAAACCUGGAUAUCAUGGAGAUGUAUUCCAGUGGUGUGCAGAGUCCUGGCACACCAACCCCUACUUCACAUUGUUCAUCGUGAUGAUGCUGUAUGCCCCAGCUGCCCUCAUUGUCUGCUUCACGUAUUUCAACAUCUUCCGCAUCUGCCAGCAGCAUACAAAAGAAAUCAGCGAAAGGCAAGCCCGAUUCAGCAGCCAGAAUGGGGAGACUGGGGAAGCUCAGAGCUGUCCAGAUAAGCGCUAUGCCAUGGUCCUAUUCAGAAUCACAAGUGUGUUUUAUGUCCUCUGGUUGCCGUACAUCAUCUACUUCUUGCUGGAGAGCUCCACAGGCUGCAGCAGCCGCCUUGCAUCCUUCCUGACUACCUGGCUUGCUAUUAGUAACAGUUUCUGCAACUGUAUCAUUUACAGUCUCUCCAACAGCGUUUUUCAACGAGGACUAAAGGGCCUCUCUGGGUCUAUGUGUACUUCUUGUGCAAGUCACACCACAGCCAAGGACCCUUACACAGUUAGAAGCAAAGGAGCCCCUAAUGGAUGUCAUAUCUGAGGGGCUUCAUAGAUUCAGUCGCUCUGUUUGCAAGGAGAAAGGGUGGCUUUGCUUCUGCUUUUCCCUUCCGUCUUUGUGCUCCCAGGUCACUAGAGGUCUAGGACAGAAUAAUUUGAUUCUGAGCAGCUGCAGACUAUCCAGAUACCUUCUAAGUUUGCAGAAGUUGUUUUCUAAACGAGAUUUAAAAUUAGAAGAAUCAGAAUCAUGAAAAAAAAAAAUCACUGGAUCCAGUUUUUGAAAUGUCAUGGAAGUGACUACAGUUCUCAGAUUCAAAAGGAAUAAAGCUACAGCUGACACCUCUCCCAGCUGCUGUGGCUGAACCUGGGUGUGAAAAGUGUCAGCACUUAAAAAAAAAUCACCAUUUUCUUGUCCCUUUCUGGAUAUCUUUUAACAGGGAAUAUUAAAAUAUACUGAUGAACUAACGAGGAUUUUCUUUAUCUGUGCCAAAAUAUAACUGUUUUAGCAAGUUUUAGCUCAUUUAGAUAGUAAGAUGUUUUGUUUUCUCAUUUCUUGAGAGGAAUCUCCAUAGGAUAAAUAAUGUGAACACUGAACAUUACUUUUGAGAGUGUUGAAAUGAACCAUGAAACAACUGUGCAAUGAAGUCAAACAGUUGUGAAAACGGCUGCUUUUACUUCGUGCUUCUGUGCAUUGUGAACAUGUGCAGAGAACUGACAUUACCGUGCUUUUCCUAUGCCCCUGUGUUUGUGAACACUGAGAAUAUUUACACUGAAUUAGAUUUUUUAUAACAAUGUGUUUAAUCUAAAUAAAUAAUAGAUAGCUGUCCAUUUGUAAAGUGAAAAAAUAUAUAUAUAAACAUAACUUUUAGUGUUUUCUCUUCUUACCCAAAAUCUUCAAUAAGAACUGAGUCCUAGAAGUGUCCGCUGACACACUCAGUCUAGGGCCUUCUAGACAGCAUCAGCCAGCAUCACAGUCACCAGUUCAUUGCGGAAAACAUUCUUUGGGGUCCUAUUAAGGAUUCACCUUUGAAGGGAAGGAAGGAUUUAGUUGAGCCCAGUCUCCUUCUUGCUAUCUUCUUUUUGGAAAAAAAAAAAAAAUCCUUUGUCAUAUAGUUCUCAUUUCAUCCUCCUGUUUUACUUUUGUUUUUCUAAAGCACUAGCAAAUGUAUAGAAUUGUAUUGCUUCUAAUUAGAAUAUUGUGUGAUAUAUAGCAUUAACCUUUGUUUUAAAAGUGACUGUCUUGAAAGCAAGAGAGUUGUUUGUCUAAAAGAAAAGAGGGCUGUUGGCAUCUCACAUCAGAAUCUCCUCUACUUUGUGCCAGUUUUCAUCUUUUUUUUUUUUAACUUUGUGCUACUUUUCAUUAAGUGUCAGGGAAAUUAAUUGGUCUUUGCCUUUGGCUAGAGAUUGUAGUAUGGAGGCAACAGUGAUAUUCAGUGAAAUGGACAAUGGAGGAAGCCAAGGGGAUGCUGGCAAAAAUGGAUUUCCAAAUCCAAGAAGGACACAGAUGUUUAUAAAACAGGCAGAUAUGUUUUCCAUCCUGAUGUUAGAAGACUGUUCCCCUUUGAAAAAGAAGAUAUCAUAUCUCUUUCCUUACACACACACACACACACACACACACACACACACCAUUCUGGUAUUGCAUUCUUAGAAACAAGGCAAGUAAAUUUUACUUUUAUAUCCAUAGCUGAACUUAUUUGUUCUAUUUUGCUUUUAAAGCCAAUGUCUCACUCUGUAGCCCUGGCUGUCCUAGAACUCAAUAUCAAGACUGGACUGGCCUUGAACUCAGAGAUCCACCUGUGUCUGCUGGGAUUAAAGAUCCACUAUGCCCAGCUCCUAGCCAAUUCUGAUUUUAUGUUUUAGACAUUUAUUUCAUUUUAACCUCAAAUGUCCCCUGCUUUAAACUUUUUAAGUGACUGAGAAUCAUAUACUUCAGAUUCCAAGUUCAAGAGGCAGGCCAAUCUCUGAGUUCAAGGUCAGCUGCUCUACACAGUGAAUUCCAGAGCACCCAGAGCUGUAUAGUGAGAUCCUGUCUCAAAAAACAAAACCAGAUUCUGAAUUCUCCCCCAAGUCUUGUUUGUUCUUUAUAUGUAGUAUUAACAAGUUUGACUCUGCUGUUUUGGAAUUUAGAACUCAUGCUGAAAAUGCAGGGUUAGAAAUAGCUUUGUUGGGUUUCUGUUUCAAGAAGAAAAUGCUUUCUCCUGGAUUCUGAAAAAGUUAGUAGUGUACAUUUCUCCUUGCAUUGCACAGCUGAAAGGUUAGCUGUGGCUGUUUGGAUGUGUUUCCCUUCGUUGAAUUAUACUCUUGUAGCCCAGGCUGGCCUCCCCUAGUUCCUUCUUCCUCCUCCCAAGUGCUAGAAUUACAGCUGUGCCACCACACCAGCUUCUUUUUCACACAUGCUAGGAAUUUUAAUCUUUUCAUAUCAGCAUUGUGCUUAUGGAUUUUUAGUUCAGCAAACAUGGGAAUCUUAGAGACAGUCUUUAUAAAAAUGCAUUAAGGCAGUAGUAAGAGAACAGACUUUACUCUUAAAAGUUGUUAAGCCUUUUUUUUUUUUUUCUGGGGUUUUUAUAACAGUGGGAAAGAAAAUUGUUCUGGUAAUGCCUAACCAAGCUGAUAUGUUAAUAAAUUCAAACAUAGCUUUUAAAAUAAGAUCUUUGUUAAGCAAUAGCUUGGUUUUGCUAGUACUAAGUUUUGGUUUUAUUUAAGGCAAUUUUUCAAAGUAAAAUCUAUAUUGCUAUUUGAGGCACAGACUGAACACACUGAGUAGUUGCAGUAAUUGUAAAGGAAAAUGGGUAGACCCUUUACCUUUAUUACCCUUGGUAAUAGCAGAUAUCUUCACAGUUCAUCUUGUCUUCAUUGUGUUGCAUAAACUUUUAAGGCUUACGAUAUCAAUUCUGUUGCUCUUUGAUUUAUUGCAUGCACUGCCCUUUCAUUUUUAAUGUGCUGGGUAAGAAGAGAUGAGGGGCAUAGUUACAGACUUCAGGGGCGGGAGAAUUCUCUGCAUGAUAGACUUGAGAAGUUGGUGUUUAAUCUUUUUAUUCUGGCACAUUUAAUGCAACAUUUGAUGACAUUUUGUUUAAAUACCAAUCUGACUAGUUCAGAGUGAGGAAAAAAAAAUAUGUAUUUUUAGACUCAGAUACCUCAGAUGGCUCAUUUUAACUCUGGUGUGUCCCUAGUAUCAGAAUGCACAUAAGCUUUUAGAGGUGGUAUGAAGUUACUUCGUGUAAAGUUUAAAGUAAGGUAAACUAGUGGCUUAACUUGUAAGUGAACUGUGCUUUUAUGCAGUGAUUUCUGUGAUAUGUUUGUGCGUCUUAGACGUGAGGAAGUCAUCCAUCGCAUGUGAGCCAGUGCCUGCCUCACAGAGACUGAACAGGCCAAGAGGGUACUAGGACUGUUCACAGGCCUGCUGCUUCUUACUUAAAAGCCUAUUUUGGACAGAUUUUCUUGUAGCAUUAUUGCUGGAUGAGUUCUUUUUGAGCCUUUUAUAAAGUGGCUUUUUCUUUGUACUUAAAUAGUUUAUUUAAUAUUUUUAGAUUUGGAGAAGCUUGAACUUCCAUGCUGUGAAUGAACUGUCCAUCUCCUUGAGUGUGAAAUGGCAGACUUACGUGCUCAGAUGGUGAAAUGAUUUGAGGAGGAUUUCCUCGGCUUUUCAAAGGUUCAUUUGAAAAAUGUACACAGUUACUUUGUAGGAAAUGUCUUAAUUUCAUUGACCAUGUGCUUCUGUAUUUAAAAGAUUUGUGAAGUAAGUUAUUGGCAAACUAGAGUUUUGUUAUGAUCAGUUUGAGAGACAUGUAAAGAUGGGAGAAUUGUAGCAUUGUGAGAUUUUUAAGCCCAUAAGUCAUGGUAUAUUGUGGUUUUGCAUAAUUUUCCUAUUUCAGGUUGAAGAAAAACCAAAUGUAAAUAUAUUAAACUGCACAUAUUGUUAAUACAUAUUGUUGUUAUUAUAGAUUCUAGAAAUGAAGUAGCUAUAUUAUAAGAUUAGAAAUGAGUCGCUGGCAUUUCUUUAAAAUUUGGGUGAUAAAAGAACAUCUAACAUAAUAACAGUGAACUUAACUGAGAAUGUGAAAUCCUGAUUAGCUAGUUAGUAAAGUAGGGAGAGAAAAGAUACUAGAGGUCCUUUCAUGUUUUGUGGGGUUCAGUAGGACUGAAUCAGAUAACAGAUGUAGACAUAUCUUGAAAACCAUGAAGUGUUUAAUGAAUAAAAAUGAUCACUCUUGUUUUGUAUCUGUCAUUGCUUCACAUGUAAGCUAUGUGUUACGGUGUGCUUCCAUACAUUUCAAUCAU